AAACUUUUGGCAGCAGUUCCCAAAAGGGAGUUGAUUUCCUGCUUCGGCGUAUCAUUAGCGCUGAGCCGAGCCGUGCCUGAACAUUGAGGCAGCUGGAGCUCAGAGGCCAGAGAGCUGCUCCGUCUGGCAGUCCCCAACCUGUGGAUCCCUGGCCUGGUUGCGUUGUGCCCUCGGCUGCUUGGCUCCAUCACCCCCUGGUCUUCCUGAAAGGGACCAAGGCUGGAUUGGAGAAUAGCCGAACUGAGCCGCCUGCAUCUUUCACGUCCCGCCGCAGAACGACGCAGCCCGGCAGAGAUCAGCUUCCCUAGCCCCUUGCCUCUGGACACCGGCUAAAGGGGUCAGAGAGGAGCAGGGACUGACGGGGACCGUCUGGAUAGCCUGGAGAUGGCCCUGUGGCACCUCGCCAUGCUGUUUCUGAUCUCUGGCACUGCGGCCACAACAGCAAGUAUGUUGAAUUCCCUGGGAUGUGUUCCUGAGCCUAUCAGCAAAGACCAGGCAGUCAGGGUCUUCUACACAACCAGUGUGGUGCCCAGUGGUUGUGAGGCCCAUGGUCCAACUGCUCCUGACCUCGAGGUCCAUGUUUUGAAUCUGAGACACAGCAGUUCCCAGAUGUCCACUGUCCUGCUCAAUGUGUCCGGCAGGGCAGCAAAAGAAAAGUGCAAAGCGGUGUUUGUUGUGAACUCCAACAGCAGCCUUAUUCUGACCAUCCAUCCAGAGGGUGAUUGUCGCCUUGUCAUCAUUCACGCUCCUCAUAGCUAUCUCAUGCCUCCAUUCAAUGAAGAAUCCAACAUAACCAGCCUGCCUUUCUCCAGCGAUCAGCUUUUGAUGUGGGCCAAGGAAAUGUAUGGUGGUAUCUCCUCCUUUGCAGAGUUAGAAGAUCCUCAACAGAUUCACUUCCAAGUGGGGAGAGAGCCCAGCGCAAAUGAAGAUUGCAUCUUGGCGCAGAACUUCAACGCCGAACCGUAUCUAGAGGUAGACGUUGUUUCCCACAAGGUGGAGACUUGCUUGGAUUCCAGGAAAGUGUCUGGAAAGCUGGCUCACAUCCUGUGGCUGCAACAGAGUUCAUCGGAUGAGAGGAUGCAGACGGUGGAACUGAAUGUAAAAAUGGUGUGCAGGGACAGAAGUUUGGAGAAGGAAGCAGAGAUACCCCUGGCCUUGUGGCUUAAGAGCCACCAAAAUACGGUGUGGAAGAUGGGACCAGGGCUUUCAUUUGUGCAACUCUCGGCAUCUGGUAAAUAUUCAGUCCCAGUCUUUGGGAUGCAAAACGGUGUGGCUCUUCCCGACAGCAAGGAGGAACUGAUUCAAAAGGCCCGCAACAAUUCCUUCGUCGCUUCUUACACCGAAAUCCCUUCGGCGAAAACCAUAACCUUGGAAUAUGAUAAGCUUUGUGGAUCAUCCGUAGCCACAACCACACAGCCGCCACCACAAAGAGAAAAUCUGACUGUCCUUUUCCAUCGGUUCAUCGAUCUUUGCAAGCCGUGGAAGUGCUUGGAUAGCAGCAUCGAAAUUGCCAUCCCCAAGACUUAUCUGGAGGCUUUGCCAAUGCUGGUCGACGAAAUCACCUUGAAAGAUCCCAGCUGCAGGGCGAGAGACAACUCCACGCAUUUUGUUCUCAACAGCAUUCUGGACAAAUGUUCCACCCAGCUGGAAGGGGGCAUCCAUGUAAAAAACCAGUUCAUCCUGACACUGCCUGUCUUUCCGGGGAAAGUCACGGUGCCGUUUGAAUGUGACCUGCCAGAGAAAGUUUCCCUCCAGCUUUACAACACGGCAGACUUCCACUCGCCGAGCGCUCCAGUGGUAGAGGCUAACCAAGUUACCUUUGUGGAGGUGUCAUUCCGGACAGCCAUUCAACAGUUUUCUCUAGAAAUUGGAGACUGUUUCUUAAAAACCCAAGACAACAUACCUCAGUUGCUCUUCUACCAAGAGAAGUCUCUGAGUUACUCUGUGAUGUCCUUGAAAUCACCCAGCCCAAAGACCCAACGCUUCAGCUUUAUCUACAAGCCAGAAGAUGAGCUGUGGUCCAUCAAACCCGCCACCCUAGCUUGCAUGGUCCAUCUGAACACCUCAAAUGAGAAACUGCGAAGUUACGAGGGCUCUUUAGAAGUGAUGCUGCAAAACCCUCAGCCCCAUAAUCGAGGCUUGAGGAUCGGCACCGUCCUGGGAAUUGCCUUUGGAGCGUUUUUAAUUGGAGUCCUGCUCACCGGGGCGCUGUGGUGCAUCUAUUCUCACACCCGUCCGAUAGCCAAAACACAGCCCGUCUCGGCCAACCCAUCGGCAUCUGAGAGCAGCAGCACCAACCAUAGUUUGGGGAGUACCCAGAGCACCCCAUGUUCCACCAGCAGCAUGGCAUAGCACCAUGAAAAUACAGAACCAACCAGACUGCUUCCUGGAGGACUUCUCUGGAGGGAUGGGGGUCAGGACUGCAAAACAGUUGGACUCCAGGCUGGCAAAGAGGGUUCAGAUCCAACCGAGGCAACUCCUGUUCUUCCCCUGAAUACAUUGAAGCGUUGUUUUCAGCCAGCAACUUUGAAGGAUGCUUCUUGGAAAUUAUCAAGACCAGUUGAUAGCACAGCAGCUGCUGGUUCCCUGCUUUCACCCACCACCGGAGUAGAGACCUUAAUCCGUGGUCUUUCUUGCCAAGGUUAAUUCUUGCCAAGGUCUUCA